GCCCAAGAACGCACCAUGGAUGGUCACCACCAUCUCCACCUCUCGGACUCCGUAAAGAAGAGCGUCCAUUUCUCUCGGCCCAAGGAACAAUUUGAAGCGUAUAGGGCAUCCAGAGGGACGGACAAGGCCGAGAUGGAUGUUGGUUUAGAAGACGGCAGCCGGUUAGGAAAUGCCAUGAGGAGAAUGGGCACACACCUCAUGUCCACCACCCACUCCGGGGAAGCAGAGGCUGGUGCGAGACGAGCGAGCUGGACAUCCGUGACAACUCCCUCUAGUUCACGUAGGAACUCUGCAGCACAGAAUAUGGGAUCUUCCUCUUCGGGCUCUCCAGAUGAGGAACUUUACAUUCCUCGGGCUGCCGAUAUACCGGGUUUCAUACCGCCAGUACCUCUCAUUGCUGAGCGACGUUACCAGGCACCCCUGGUUCAGGCUGAUGAUCAACUGAUGAACAUGACUGUACAUGGAGCGCUGCCGAAUUCUACCUAUAUGUUUCCUCCAAAGCCGCCUGCUCCGUAUUUCCGGCCUACUCUUUCACCGGUUUCUUCCCGGUCGCCAGCUCCAACCACCGUACACCCAGCAACGGCUUCUCCUAAGGUAUCCCAGGACGGGAAGGGAAAAGGUCAGGCGACAUCGGCGUCUCCAAGAAUGCAAUCCGUCGAACAAGCCGCAGCAGAAAGUUCAUUGUAUCUCCCGCUGCCGGAAAUGGCACCGCCGAGGUUGACAAUUAGAAACGGUGUCUCACCAAGCUCGCCGCAUGGAUCGGCCGACCCGAUACGAGAAAGCGUAGCACUGUCUCCUAUCAUGGAGCAGACAACUCCAGAGCAAAGGACCUCCAGAAAUAACUCACAGAAGUCCAAAGAGCAUUCCCAGUUGGGACCAGUGGAAUCUCCCCGGCCAUCAACCUUCUCCCCGAGGAUUGAGUCCCGCGAACUACCGAUAGACCCACCCCCGAAGCCUGUAUCUGUAGUCUCUGAUGCGACUCAAAGGCGUCCAAAGGACGGGGCUGCCCGUUCACCCAAUGAUACGCUGUCACCGUUCCCGGAAAUCCAGAGACCCAAAGAUCCAUCACCACACCCAUCCCCGUCGCCUCCCAAAGUUGCCGGGCGAACACCAACUUCCUCAGCACUUGAGUUCUGGCGAGAAGCGGACGAGAGUUUGGCUCCUUCCGAAUCUGCCUCCGCUAUACCUCCAAAUCCUGGUGCGGAACCGCCACCCAGUUUCUGGAAAGCGGCGGACAGCAACCUUCACACGGCUCAAGCAAAGGGACCCACAAUGGAGGAAUGGAUUGCGACACUGCCGGGGCUCGGGCUGGGGCUUGGGAUGUGGGGCAACAACGAUGGUACACUGGAUUGGAAGUACUUUGAGACGUUGAAGGCAACACGGAAACUCCAGAAGCGUCCGUCCGGAUCGUCAAUGAAGAGUGUGGCAACAGCCAAAUCCGCCCAGGAAAUGAUCGAGGAGAACAUUGAGACGUUGGAGAAGGUGAUCGAGCAUAUCGAAGAGACCAACCCAACGUCUACAAAGAGUAUCCUCGACCCGGGCGGCGAAGGGUUGACUCCCGAUGAAGCAGAGGCUCUCGACGACAUAUUAGCGGAGCCCGAAUCACCCGUCGACAACCUUCCGCCUAACCCCGUCGACCCCAACCUCCUGCACCCAGGGUAUAGGCGUUCACCGUCGCCACGGAGGCCACAGUCCCGCCUGGGAAAGGAUGUGGCGGGCAGGUUGGGCGCGAUGGAAAAGUACUGGGGUGACCAAAACAUCGAAAUGGGAGCGGUGCUCAAGAGGAUGCUGGUCAUCGUCGAUAAUAUUAUCGUGAAGGAGCGUGAGCAGGCGCAGAAGGAGGCGAGGAGGAGGGAGAUGGGAUGGCCGGGUGAGGGUGCGGAUACCGAUGGGGCGGUCGGUGCAGGGACGCCGGUGCGGUCGCCUGCUUAGCUUACGUAGUCAGUUGCAGUCGGUGGAUGGUGUUGUUGUUUGAGUUUUCGUGUGUUUUGUGUUUUGUGUUUUGUCUUUGCUUUGACUUGACUUGUUUCGAUAGGUGUUCGGAGUAUGUUUAAUGGGCUACUAGGUAGCUGUGUAUGGGUUUUCGGCCUGUGUUCUUUUACUGGCCGCAUGUUGAAGUAUGGGGUACAGCAGCCGAUCAGGUAGUUAUUGCUUGACUACGGGUACC